AUGUCGUUGUAUGAUGACCUGGGAGUGGAGACCAGUAACUCAAAAACAGAAGGCUGGUCCAAAAACUUCAAACUUCUGCAGUCUCAGCUUCAGGUGAAGAAGGCAGCUCUCACUCAAGCAAAGAGCCAGAGAACAAAACAAAGUACAGUCCUUGCCCCAGUAAUCGACCUAAAGCGAGGUGGCGCGUCAGAUGACCGGCAGAUUGUGGACACCCCGCCUCACGUAGCAGCUGGCCUUAAGGAUCCCAUACCCAGUGGAUUUUCUGCAGGAGAAGUUUUGAUUCCCUUAGCUGAUGACUAUGAUCCUAUGUUUCCUAAUGAUUAUGAGAAAGUAGUGAAGCGCCAGAGAGAAGAACAGCAGAGACAGCGGGAGCUGGAAAGACAAAAAGAAAUAGAGAGAGAAAAGAGGCGUAAAGACAGACAUGAAGCCAGUGGGUUUUCAAGGAGACCAGGUCCAGAUUCUGAUGAAGAUGAAGAUGAUGUAGAGAAAGACAAAGAGUUACCCCGAGAAUUUCCUUAUGAAGAGGAUUCAAGACCUCGCUCACAGUCUUCUAAAGCUGCCAUUCCUCCACCUGUGUAUGAGGAACAGGACAGACCCAGAUCUCCAACGGGCCCUGGAAACUCCUUCCUUGCCAACAUGGGUGGCACAGUAGCACAUAAAAUCAUGCAGAAGUAUGGCUUUCGGGAAGGCCAAGGUCUUGGUAAACACGAGCAAGGGCUGAGCAUGGCGUUGUCAGUGGAGAAGACGAGCAAGCGAGGAGGCAAGAUCAUUGUGGGCGAAGUCACAGAGAAAGAUGCAACCAAGAAGUCAGAUUCAAAUCCAUUAACUGAAAUACUUAAAUGUCCUGCGAAAGUGGUCCUACUAAGGAACGUGGUUGGUGCAGGAGAGGCAGAUGAAGACUUGGAAGUUGAAACCAAGGAAGAGUGUGAAAAAUAUGGCAAAGUUGGAAAAUGUGUGAUAUUUGAAAUUCCUGGUGCCCCUGAUGAUGAAGCAGUACGAAUAUUUUUAGAAUUUGAGAGGGUUGAAUCAGCAAUUAAAGCUGUCCUUGAUCUGAAUGGGAGGUAUUUUGGUGGACGGGUGGUAAAAGCAUGUUUCUACAAUUUGGAUAAAUUCAGGGUGUUGGAUUUGGUGGAACAAGUUUGAUUUUAAGAACUAGAGCAC